AUGGACGACAGCCACCCAAACAAGGUCCAAGCGCUAGUCGAGUUUAAAGCAGCUCGGAACGCAUCGAGGAAAACCAUCACGAAGGCUAGGUCAGACAGCUGGACAGCGUUUGUGACGGGCAUUUCCCCCAACAGCAGUACAACCGAGAUAUGGCGUCGGGUCAACGUUUUCCGAAACGGCCCGAAGGCCAACAUCAGUCAACUAGUGAUCGACGGAAAGCUGUCUGACGAGCCUGGGGAGGUAGCUGAAACGCUGGCGGAUUACUUCACCAAGGUCUCGGCUGUAAAGGUGCCAACCCACCGCCGGGCAGUCCCAGAUCAACCAAUACCGACUUUCGAUGGAGGAGAUGAGGAUUACUACAACCAGGAGUUCAGUUUGGAGGAACUGGAUUGGGCUAUCCGGAAGUCGAAAGGGCUAUCAGCCGGAGUAGACAACAUCGGUUACCCGAUGAUUCGGAACCUCCCACUAAGAACAAAAACCCAGCUGCUAAACAUCUACAACACGACCUGGAAGAACGGCACCAUACCGCAACGGUGGAAGGAAGGGAUUGUGGUCCCGAUCCCGAAAGCCGGAAAGGAUCAACUUGUCGUCGGGAAUCAAAGGCCGAUCACACUGGUGAGCUGCCUUGGAAAGGUCCUCGAAAGAAUGGUCAACCGGCGACUGAUUACAACACUGGAGGAGCUCGGAGUACUCGGAGACGACCAACACGGCUUCCGGCGGGGCAAGGGUGUGGACACAUACCUUGCGGAACUGGAGGACGAAAUCGAGCAGUGGAUUGGGAAACGGCAACACGGAGAACUCGCACUGCUAGAUCUGGCGAAGGCGUAUGACACGGCCGAAAGAGCACCGAUUCUCCACAACCUUCAUCGGUGGGGAAUCCGCGGUCGAAUGGGUCGGUUCAUCGCCAACUUCCUAAAAGAUCGGACCUUCCGAGUAGCCAUCGGAAACCUGCUGUCAACCCUCCGGAUCAUGGAAAGCGGGGUACCUCAGGGCACGAUACUGGCGGUAACACUGUUUCUGGUUCGGAUGACGGAGGUCAAGCGGUACGUUCCAAAGGGAGUCAGCCUGAAGCUUUACGCGGACGACAUCUUGCUAAUAGCCCAUGGCAGGAGCGCGGCAUACGUCCGGAAAAAGAUCCAAGAAGCGGUGACCGGCGUCGAAACCUGGACCCAGUCCUCGGGGUUCGAGCUGGCAUCAACCAAAUCGUCCAUCAUUCACAUCUGCCGUAGAAACCGCCACGAAGAACGAAACCAAGUGACGACGGAGGCUGGCUCCGUCGAACUCGUCAAAUACGCGCGCCUGCUAGGAGCGACUUUCGACGGGCGGUUUAACUUCCGCCAACAUAUCGCCGACACCAAAAAGAACAUCGAGUGCCGCAACCGGAUCCUCCGAGUAAUCGGAGGGCAUCGGAUUAGCGGCGCCAGAAGUACCCUUAUCGAUGUGCAUCGGGCAAUAAUACAGUCCCGGCUCUUCUACGCCUGGGGAAUCGUCAGCUCGGCAACACCAGCCGCCAUCCGACCACUCGGACCCGCAUACGUGGCUGGAAUCCGGAGCGCCUCUGGGGCUUUCCGUUCCAGUCCAUGCAAGGCUAUCUACGCUGAGUCCGGCCAGCUGCCGUUCGAACACGCCGCAACCGCGGUAAUGGUAACCAAAGCCACGAGACUCGCAGCAGGAGGGACCAUCGGGCCGCACCACUCGUUGAGUAAAAGAGCUAGAGAAGAGUUCAACAGAAUCACCAAAUUGGAGUUGCCUGAAGUUGCGCGGAAACUCAGAAUCGGAGAGCGCCCAUGGCACGCCGAAAAGCCGAAGAUCGACUGGGAGAUGACAGCCUACGUUCGGGCUGGUGAAUCUACCCAGAAGGUCAUGGCCGCCUUCGGAGUAGUCAAAGAGAAGUACGCCAACUACCAUCAGAUCUACACCGACGGAUCCAAAGACGACGAUUUCACGGGCUGCGGAAUCGUUGAUGGCACCGAGAGGACGGCCAUCCGACUGCCCGCACAGUGCAGCGUCUUCUCUGCAGAAGCUCACGCGAUCGUUAAGGCACUGAAGAACCUCCCUGACGGAGGCGAAGAAUCCACGGUUGUUUUUACCGACUCUGCCAGCGUGGCCGAGGCGGUGGAAAGCGGCCUAUCGCAACACCCAUGGAUUCAAGAAAUCGAAAGUGAGAUGACCAGAACCAAAGCCACUCUGUGCUGGAUCCCCGGCCAUUGUGGAAUAACCGGCAACGAGAGUGCCGACGAAACUGCGAAAGCAGCCAAACAGCUUCAAGCUAUAACACUACCAGUCCCGGCCCAGGACAUUCUGCUGUGGGUCAAGGAUAAAAUACGCCUAGCCUGGGAGAGGGAAUGGCAUUCCGAGAGAGAUUUGUUCUUGAGGAAGGUCAAACCCAACACUCUGCCAGGCGAUGACCGCGAAAACCAAGAGGAGCAACGUGCGCUCACUCGACUCCGAAUCGGGCACACCCGCAUCACGCACGAGGGACUGUUUCGAGGCGAACGAGCGAUGUGCGACACAUGCGGCGUGCCGCUAACGGUCGAACACAUCCUUUGCACGUGCAUGAAAUUCGACCAACACCGAGACGACACGGCACAAAGUGUAUAUGGAGCGCUGAACAACGACCCGGAGGCUGAGAGGAAGCUCAUCCUCUACCUCCGGGACACUGACCUGUUCGAUAAGAUAUGA